UUUAUAUUUUUGUUCAGUAUAGUAACUACAAAAAGAUGGAUGAACAGCAUUAAUUGAAUGACCUAAUCUGUUUUAUCAUUAGCUAAAGAAAAGCCAAUGAAAAUAAUAACUCGAAUAGCAACAGAUGACGUAGGCAAAAGUCCACACAUAGAGAUCCUAUUAAAUGAACGAUUUUAAUUCCUAAUUCUAGUCCACACACCGUGACGAAAGGUGACGUACGAUUGCACCGACGUCCAACGUUGUCCCUCCCGCCGCCAUGCGUAUUACGCUUGUUGUUGUUGAACUGAUUGUUAUGACUGGAUAAGGCCUCGGACUAAAUUAGGAGAGAACCCCCCGUCGCUGCCACGGGAGACCUGCCAAUGGAGGGCAUGGACAUAGACCUGGACUCGGAGCUCGUGCAGAAAUUCAACUGCAUGGGCACCACUGACAAGGACGUCCUCAUCUCAGAGUUCCAAAGACUGCUGGGCUUCCAGGUCAACCCGGCAGGAUGCGCUUUCUUCCUUGACAUGAGCAACUGGAAUCUACAGGCAGCCAUCGGUGCCUAUUAUGAUGUUGAGAGUCCCAGCAUCAACACACCAUCCAUGUCCUUUGUGGAGGAUGUUACGAUUGGUGAGGGAGAGUCUGUUCCCCCCGACACACCAUUCACAAAGACCUGGAGGAUACAGAACACAGGUGCAGAUUCCUGGCCACCCGGGGUAUGUCUGAAGUACAUUGGAGGGGACCAGUUUGGCCACGUCAACAUGGUGAUGGUGCGCUGUCUAGAACCCCAGGAGAUCUCAGAUGUCAGUGUGCAGAUGCGCAGCCCCGCUGCUCCCGGCAUGUACCAGGGCCAAUGGAGGAUGUGCACACCCACAGGGCUGUUUUAUGGAGACGUGAUCUGGGUGAUCCUCAGCGUGGAGGUGGGGGGCCUUUUGGGCGUGACACAGCAACUGUCCUCCUUCGAGACGGAGUUCAACACCCAGCCGCACCGCAACGUGGAGGGAGACUUCAACCCUUUCGCCUCGCCACAGAAGGGCAAACACGACGCCAGAGGCAACAACAACUUCAAAGAGCCUGGAGGAGCCUGGGAGGGCAGGCAGGAUGCCAUCCAGCAAGAUGAAAACGGACUGUCUCACAAUGCUGUAAAUAGAGCAUCGAAUGGGCUCCAAAACAAUCUAUCAGUAGUGACUUACAGUCAGGGUGUUCAUGGACCCUAUCCGUUAGGCCAGAGUUAGAAAGAUGGAGACCCAGACCAGGUGGUGCUGAACAGACCUGGGAAUGCUGAUGAUGAGCUGCGGGCAGGGGCACCGGAGAGGGUGAGGGACACAUUUCAUACAGACUCUAGACAACCCUCUCCCUUGGGCCCUACCCCAAUCCACCAAAACACAAACUACAGUGAGAACAAGGAGGCACCUAUCCCAGUGAAUACCCUACCUGUGUUGCUACAUAAAGAGUGCUAUAAAUCCUAAAUUCUACUACAUACCUUUUUGUUUUUAGCUGUCAACACACCUCAUUAGUGUAGGGUAGGCACUGCUGGAUGAGCUUAGCAAAAGGAUGGAUGUGUGUGAGCUUGAGCAAAUGAAAUGUGUGAGAAAAUGCCAUCUAAAACAAUUUUGCCUGUUGAGCUAUUACUGUAGGAUUUGAAUUCAUGUCUGUGUGUUCUGAAUUGUGCGUGUGUGCACGUGUAUAGUUUCCUUUUGGAUUUUACUAAGCACGAAGUGGUGGAUACAACUUUGGUAAAGAAGUUGUUGUGACCUAUGUACGUACACAUCUAAAUAGAUUAAACUAAAUAUAAUACUGAUUCCCAAAAAACAAUCCUCCACCUGAUGUUUCAGAAACUAGGAUACAGGCCUGUGAAUGAGUUGCCCCGUAAAUAAGCCUUUGCUGUACUGUACUUACGACACAGAGAUGCAUCAUUCAGUGGUAAAGCUUGUUCUUUAGAGCCAGCAGAUGGUGCUAUUAACUAAACAACCAAACCACACUGACUCUGACAUGACAUGACAGACAUCAUAGAAAAAUAGACUUUCCUUUCCCAUCAUAGGGAGGGGUAUUUAAAUCAUAGGGAGGGGUAUUUAAAUUCUGGGUUUGUGACUGCUCAAGCCAUCGGCAAUAUCUGCACCGUUUGUUUUGUUUCUGCAGUUUGCACGAUGCCACUUCAGAUGUUUACAAGUGGUGAUUUGAUUUAGUGUCUGUAUGGUGUCUGGAUCUAGAUAUUAUUGUCUGUUGUAAUAGUAUAUGUUGUCCUUGUUUUAGUUUUCUUCCAAACUUGACAACAUUGAGUCCCGUUUUUGAUUGUCAAAUUAAGUCAAUUGGGUACAUACACUCAAAAGGACAUAGGUUCAACCCUAGAAUUCAUUCAUUCAUCUGCAUAAAAGUGGAGAAUGGUCUAUAAGAGAUGUAGUAAUAUUAGGCAUUGUUUACAAUUUAUAUAGUAUCAACCAAGUUAACAUCAUGUUAUGCAAUUUGUUUCUCAUUCGGAAUGUUGUCGUGUUUUUUUUUUUUUACCGUCACGUUCUUCAAGCAAGAUUUCUCUGCUUCCAAUGUUCCACCAUUUCCACAAGGUUAUGAGUAAAUAAAAAAAGAAGGAAAUUGAUGACAAUUGUUAUGGAUAGACUAAAGAUCUUGUAGAUGCCCAUACAAGAGUAUAUAUGAUGGGUAUCUUAUGUAUGGUUCCUUCUGAUGGAAAGGCCCUGUUUUCUUGUAGCCGUUGUGCUUUCACACCAGCCUUUUCAUAUUUCUGUAUUUGUCAAGGUGAUUAUGUUAGUCCUCUCAAACAGUGUUCACUGUUCUGCCUCUUACUUGUACAGCCCCUUGCUGUCUGUUUGUGUGUGAGAUGGGGAGAGAGAGAGUUUAAUUCUUAGCUUUAUUCCGUCUUUAUUUUUUUAUUUUUUUGGGAUUUGUGUCAGUGCAGUUUUAAGCAAGGAGGCAUGGUGAGUGGAGCGUUUGCAUAUUCUUAUGAUAGAACAUUCACGAGAACGGAAAUUGUCAAAUUAAAGCCUUUUUUCCUAUAUGUAUAAAUGAACAUUUGUAUGAUUAAAUUAACACUGAAACCAAAAA